AAAGUGCCUGGCAUUAUCAACAUACAGACUGCAUUUAGCACACAACCAGUUCUCAUAUCCAAGACAUUCACUGGUGGGAGAAACAUGUGGUACAUCACUGUACUCUUCUGUGCGGUUUCCAUGUUGGUAAAACUUCAUCACGGUGCUUCAAGUUCAGACCAAUUUGUGGAUCUCUCAAACAAAAACCUCUCCUUUGUCCCGAGAGACCUACCGCACACAGUUGAGUACUUAGACCUUUCCUGCAACCACAUCAGACAACUGCAUGGAGGAGAUUUCAGAGAUACUACACAGCUUAAGUUCCUGAACAUGUCAUGGAAUAUCUUGGAAACUAUUGAUCCAGAGGCAUUUAUGAACACAUUGUUGCUUCAAAAACUGGAUCUUUCUCACAACAAACUGACAAACCUAGAAGACCAGAAAUAUCUACAGCAUACUGGAAACCUCCUGGUACUACAUUUGGACCAAAACCAGUUUAUCAAUAUGACUCUUGGAGAGGAAUUUAGAGGGCUGAAGAAUUUGGAAAGACUGACUAUUGAAGCUAAGCAAAUUAGAAGAGAUGAUUUUAUGCACAUUUCAGAACUUAAAUUAGUGGAAAUGUUUCUGUAUGUUGGACAGGAAUUUGACUAUGAAGACAAAAGCUUACAAGAUGUUCAAAGUGAAAAACUUGAGAUAUCCUUCCUUAAAACUCAACAAAUUCAUCAUGAUUUGGUGUCUGAUGCCCUCUCUUUUUUUCACAGAGUGGAGUUGACAAAUGUGACACAAGGCUUUCAAAUAUUAAAUGAUAUAUUAAGCGCAACAAAACAAAUCUACACCACUUCUUUGUAUCUUUCAAAUUUUGUGAUUAAGUGGAAAGACUUCACCAACUAUGUGAAUGCUGUCUUGCAAACAUCAACUUUACAUGUUACCUUCUCUGAUGUUGCAUUAACAGAUUUGCCUCAAUCGGACACUCCAGUGAUAAAUGUAUCCAAUGUUAGAACCAUGUCAGGUAGAAGAGCAGAGGUGAGGUCCGUCUUUUUCUCACAAGAUGCAGUUUACAACUUUUUAAUCAACAUUCCUGUCCUCAAACUGGAAAUCGUUGAGACUUCAAUCAUUCAUAUGACAUGCCCCAAGUCACCAAGUCCAAUCCAGCAUCUCAACUUCUCCUACUGUGCUCUGUCAGACAGUAUAUUUUACAGAGUCGUUGAUGAAAAAAUCAUUGAGUGCAAGAAUUUGAGAAAUGUAAAAACACUGAAUUUAGUUGACAACAAUUUAAAAAAUUUCCAGAUAAUUAGCAAACGCAUACAAUAUAUGAUUUCACUAGAGAAACUAGAUGUUAGCCAGAACUCUUUGGUCUAUGAUGGAUUUGAGGAGUGUCUCUGGUCUCCAAAUAUCACUACUAUGAUCCUGUCUUCCAACAGUCUGACUGAGAAUGUAUUCAAUUGUAUGCCAAAACACAUAAAGAUUAUAGACCUGGAAAAUAAUCAGGUUUCUGUGGUGCCCUCAACAGUUAUAAAAUUUCAAAAUCUUGUAUCUAUAAACCUCAAUAGCAAUAGGCUGCGUGACUUACCCGUAUGCAAGGGAUUCCCUAUGCUGAAUACACUUCUUCUUAAGUCAAAUUCACUGCAUGCCCCAUCUGUACAGAAACUGGAAAGCUGUCCACUGUUAAACAUCUUAGACAUUAGUCAUAACCCCUUCACUUGCAUUUGUUCUUUGCGUCAAUUCAGAAACCUUGGGAUGAAAUCUGAAAGAAACGGAACAAAAGUAAACAUCUUAAACUGGCCAUCAGGCUACUACUGUCUGUAUCCUGAAAAACUGAGAAACACCACACUGAGAGAUGCAUCAAUACCUGAAAUUUCUUGCAACACCGGCCUCCUAGCUGCUACCAUAUUAUGCCCGGCUAUCUUCACAAUUAUAGCAAUAGUGGUUGCAUGCCACCAUUUUGAUGUGCCCUGGUAUAUGGGGAUGAUAUUACAGUGGACAAGAGCGAAGCAUAGAGCAAGAAGACAGAAUAUACCAAUAGAGGACCUAGUGGGUGUUGAAUUUCAUGCUUUUGCUUCUUUCAGUCAACAUAAUGCAGAAUGGGUACACGACUCAAUGCUUCCUAAUCUGUCAGAGUUAAGAAUUUGCCAUCAUGAGAAACAUUUUAUGCCAGGGAGAACAAUUAUUGACAAUAUCAUGAACUGUGUGCAAAAAAGCCGAAGAUCAGUUUUUGUUCUUUCUGCUCAUUUUGUGAAGAGUGAGUGGUGCCAUUAUGAACUGUACUUUGCAACACACCAGAGACAAGCACGUGGACCGGACAGUGUUGUAUUGGUUUUGCUGGAGCCCUUGCCGGAAUAUCUGAUACCAUCCAAGUACCACCAGCUGAAGUCCAUGAUGAGAAGACACACCUACUUAGAGUGGCCACAGGAGAAGGCCAAGCAGAGGCUGUUUUGGGCCAAUCUUCGAGCAGCAUUGCAGUCAAAUAUACCCAGCGCACCUGCUACAGAACUUGAGGAGUGACUUGGAGAGUAAAAAAAUAGAUAAAUAA